AUGGCGAUGUUUCGAGCUACGUCUACGUCUUACUGGUCGGACAACGAGGGGAGGCCGGUCCGUUUUCUGGGGCAAGGAGGAUAUGGCCAUGUGACGCUGGUGGAGUUCAGCCCCGUCUUUCCAAGCGAGACCGAGCAAUACCUGGCGAAGAAGACGUCACUGAUGAGCAAAGCCGAGAGCAUCCGCAGAGAAAUAAGGAUCUUAUGCCACUUCAACGUUCCAAACAUCGUCAGGCCCGCAACCCCUUUCGUCUACACGGAGACCGUCGACGGCCUCGAAGCAUGCAGCAUCUAUCUCGAGUACGCGUCCAAAGGGACACUCUCCGACGUCAUCAAGGAGAACGGCGGCAGAUUGCGUGAGAAACACGUGAAGUGUUUCACGCGCAUGAUUCUUCGUGGACUGAUGGCUCUUCAUGCAGAGGGCUACGUGCAUUGCGACCUGAAGCCCGCCAACAUUCUGGCGUUUCCAUCCAAAGCAGUGGGAGAGAUAUGCGAGCUGAAGAUUUCUGAUUUCGGUUCGGCCAAGGAGCCUGCCGAAGACGGUUUCUUGACGGACAACAAGAUCUGCCCUGGAACGCUUCUGUAUAUGUCGUCUGAGUCGAUAGGACCUGGGUCUCGGAUCUUGUCCGCUUUGGACAUAUGGUCUUUAGGCUGCGUGGUUCUCGAGAUGUUUGGGGCCAGCUGCUUCCUCCGGACCGUGCCUGAAGACAUUUCGGAUGACGCCAAGGACUUCAUCAGCAGAUGUAUGAAGGUGAAUCCGGCCGAGCGGUGGAGCGCCGAGUGGCUCAUGAGACAUGCCUUUCUCACGCGAUAG